AUGUUCCACAGUCGGGGAUUCGCGCCGCACGAGAACCAGCCGUUUGCGGCACAGGCUCGGACGCCCGGCCCUUCCCGCUCCCACCUCUCACCGACACGCUCCAGAGCCAUGACGACCGGGAAGCGUGGGCUCGGCGAAAUGUCGUCAAAGCCGCCGUUCGGACAAGACUCUAGCACUCUGGGCCCCAAGCAGCUGUUCAAGGAGCUGGCCUCCAAGACGCCGGCCAGAGCGCUUGGUGAUCGUACUAACAAGACGCCUGGCCUGAGGAACCGCCAGGGCCAGAACGAGGACAGCUCCCCCGCCAAGAAGGACAUGUCUUCGCCGUCCAAGGGCAAGGCCAAGACGGCGCUGCAGUCCCCCUCCAAGGGCUCGCAGAGCGUCAGCCCCAAGAAGGCCGUCGGCCAGCCCCUCCGCACGCUCAACGGCAAGAUGAAGGAGAAUGCCGCGACGCCCUUCUCCCGCGCCGACCAGUCCUACGCCACCGACAUGAGCUCGAUGAUGACGCCGGCUCCAAACGCUCCGCUGCUCAAAGGCCGCAUGAUGAGCAGGCAGACCAGCUUCGUCACGCCGGCCGCCAACAUCGGCAAAGCGGGCCAGAUCAAGGCGAGGAUGGGCGAGAUGCUCGACGCCGAGCUCGGACUCAACCUCGACGACCUCGAGGCGCCGCAGCUCGAAACGCACCAGUCGCAGAGGGAGUUGACUGAAGAAGAGCUCUACCCGGAGAUCGAGUACAUGCCACCGAGUACCUGGGCGACAAAUCCGCCGUACGAGUACCCCUCCGAGCUCGACGGCGUGCCCAGCGCCAAGGAGCUGGCCCAACAGCUGGCCACCUUCCGUCCGGCAGGCUUCCUCAAGGGAGUGCCUGCUGAGCUGUCGGACUCCGAGGAUGCCAAGGCCUUCCCGGAGCUGACCGGCGACGCUCUCGACCUUGGAUCGCCGCCACAGCUGAGCGACGGUGGUGCCUCUGACGAUGAUCUCUGGCCGGACGUCCCGAUCAGCGCGUCUUCCGCCGAAGCCGGGUCCGCACGCCCCUCUGAUCGCCUCACGAAGGUCUCUGCUCGACCGACCGAGCCCCGCAAGGCGAGCUCUUUGCAAGUGAAGAGCCGCACCCCGGCCACGGCCACUUCUGCACGCGCAGGCGCCACUUCGGCCUCGACGAUACGGCCCCGCUCCCAACCCUCGUCGGCAUCAUCGUCGACCACGCUCUCGCGACCCUCGACCAGCGCAUCGAAGGCCUCGGCUGCAAGCACAUCGACAAGGUUGGGCGCCGCACCGCCGGGUGCGAAAGCCGCCAGCGGUCCUGCUGGCAGAGGCGCGCCACCCGCCGGCUCUACCAGGCCCGGACCGAGCCGUCCAUCCAACCGGAUCGCUCAAACACCGACGUCGGCAAGGCCGGCGUCGAGCAGCAGCGCUGGAACCACGCAGUCGCGCAAAACGAGCCUGAUGCGAUCCAUCGCGCCGCCUCGGCUGGCAACAGCGGGCCGACCCGCGACGGGCGCGAGGCCGACGGCUCGGCCGCCACCGCCGUCUGCUGCGCGUGGCGCUGUCCCCGCGCCGCCGAAGCCUCGCAUGCAGAUGAACGUCAAGCUGCGCGACCUCAGAAACGACGAUCUCGGCCGCUUUGUCGAAGAGAAGAUGCAGCAGUCGACGGCUGAGACGAGCUUCGAGGGAUUCGACCUCGAGCCGGUCAUCGAGGCCAGCGACGAGCCCUGCGCGGCGACCUCUUCAGCUGAGCCCGCCCCAGAGGCAUUGGCCCUACCCGCUGGACAAGAUGCGGAAGAGACAGCGCCGGAGCCAGUCUCCGUCUCUAGUCACUCUGCUGCAGAGCCAGCGGUCGAAGGGCCGGGUUCGCCGCAGCCCUCACUCUCGUAA